GACCUUUAGUAGGCUAACACUACAGCUGUUUGUUCAGCAUGAUGCGAACUUCUGGUUACUCAGAUUACACUACAGCAGACAUUCAGUUAGAACAUUUAUUCAUGUUCAUCAGGAGCAUUGUUCGUUUGGUUAUAAUGUUGGUUUUCCUCCACAUUGCUGUGCUGUCGAGUCGAAACCCAACUACAGAAUGCAUUUGCUGUUUACCAUUUUUAAACAUAUUUCAUUUUAAUGGUUUUGCAAUUUAUGAGUCAAAGGUAAACACACUAAUGAAGAGAUAAAACUCUGUAGGUGUUUGUUACUGUUUGUAGAAUUUAAAUUAUUGUUUGAAAAAAAUAAAAAUGUGCCACAACUUUUUAGAGAGAGAGAGCAUCUCUUUACCUGUAUAAGUUAUCUAAGAUUUGUUGAUUACAGAGGUAGAACACUUUAAAAUGUUGUUUGGUGUGAAGAUUACAAAACAAAACAAAAGUCAGAAUGAUGAAGAAUGUAAAUAAAAGGCUCAUCUUACCCCGCUCUCCCCUAUGUGAGGACUCAUCAUACAGAACAUGCAUAAUUCAGAAUUCAUUUGAAGGUUGGAUCAACAUUUUUUUGUAAGUGUAAGUAGGCCUAAUGUAAAAUGAAUGAAAACUAUAGAGGAUGGCAAAGAAUGAACUAUAUAGUAGUAGGCUAGCAAUAUAUGUUGUAGACCUAACCCACAAAAAUAUAUUUGUUUAGGGGGAAAUUAUGGAAAAAUCGCCUUGAGCACUGGACUGUCAUCAUUUCACGAUCAGGGAAGUUUUAUUUGCCGUCAAUGUACGGGUGCGGGUGAACAACCGGAUGUCUUGCAUUCCAUCCAGAUUCUAAAUGCCUCUGCACUCUCGUUCAGUGUCACUCGCUCUGCUGCUUCAUAGGACAAGCUGGCUACUGAAAUGUCGUCUUUAGGGCGCUGCUCAGUCGAAUCUGCGGGAACAGCCACCAGCCUCUGCAAUAGCCAUCAGCGGUCGCUGACUGUCUUCUGCCAGGAGUGUGGAGUAGCCUUGUGCGACAGCUGCUUGUCCAACGGCGAUCAUCGCAAUCACCAAUUCUCUUCUAGUCUUCUAGACGCAUGCAUGAAACGAUUAGAUGAACUAAUGAAAAACAACAAAGAACUGGCAAGAAGUAUCAAGAAGCAAGGCAAUUUCACUUCAGAUGCAUCAAUCACUAAUAGCAUCAAAUAUAUAGAGGCCAACUUUCUAAAAACUAAAGAGAACCUAGAUGCUAUGUUUAAUGAGCUCAGAGACCUGCUGGAGGUGAACAAGAUCCAGGCCUUCAAACUGUUAGCCGCCCAACAGAAGCACAUGGAGGCACAACUCACUGAGCUCAAGACAAAGGCAGAAAUCCAUGAGGAACUAGAACGGCUUAAGAUCCAGACAGGACAAACCCCAGACAAUGCUUUUUCUGUGCAGACUCAAUGUGUGGAACUGGAGAAAAGAAUUGAAAUCAUUGACAAUAACUUUGUUGACUGGGAAAAAAAAGAUGAUCAUCUCAGACGGAAAUCACUGGAGAACUCUGUCCGUAUGAUCCUUGAGAAGAGCAAAUCAUGUCUGACACACCCAUUGAAGUUUGUUGACUUCAUCACAUUUGACAAAAACACGGCCCAUGAGAAGCUGAGCGUGUCGGAGGAUAAUAGACAGGUGACUCUCUUCGCUAAGGACAUGCAGAGUAACCAAAGUAAACCAGACAAAGCUCAGGAUGCCCGACUACUGCAUGUGCAAGCAGAGCAGACCUUCACCGCUGGCCAGCACUACUGGGAGGUGGACGUGCGAGGGUGUCGGAGCUGGGAGAUAGGUGUGGUGGGAGAAGAGGGGACAGAGAAGCUCUCCUGGACGCUGAGGCUGGACGACGGCGUGCUGACAGCGCUGCAUAACCAUGGCGACUUCAGAGUGAGAGAGCAGGACCUCUCGUUCCUCGGCGUGUUCCUCGACUGCGACAAGGGCCGCCUGUGGUUCUACAACGUCGACACUGAUGCCACCAUACACACGUUUCCGGUCCGCCGUGGCAGCGGCAGGACGAUGCGGCCGGUGUUCAGCAUCGCCCCUGAGGAGGAGGACGAGUUUUCCUGUCUGGUCCUGUGUAACAUUUGUGAGAAUGACCCGAGGCCUGCAAGCAUGGCUGACUCAUGCGUGGACUCGCCAAACGCCCACUGAUCCUCCAAGGCCCGCUUAUCCGAGCCCUGCCUGCCGUGUUUUCUUCUAACUACCACAGUUGUUCGUUUGUCUUUUAAAUUAUUUAUUUACAACUUAAGUAUAUUCGGAAAUCUGAGUAAAACACCUUCCAUGU